AUGUUUGGAGCAGCACAGAACACUGGAUCGACAUUUGGUGGGGCCUUUGGGUCGGGUGCUAACAAUGCCGGAGCAGCAAAUACCGGUAACGCCAGUGGGGGCCUUUUUGGAGGAGCCGCAUCUUCAUCAGCACCAUCUGGUGGCAUGUUUGGUGGUGGAGCUGGUGCUACCAAUUCCAAUUCUGCCUUUGGUAGUAACACUGGAGGAAAUUCAUUGUUUGGAGCCAAACCAGCACAGCCAUCUACAACUGGUGGUGGAUUGUUUGGACAAGCCAACACCGGUACAAACAAUGCUUUUGGAGGAUCUGGAGCUUCUGCCCCUGCUUCCGGGGGAUUGUUUGGUUCCAACUCCGGUGCUAAGCCAACUGGUGGUCUCUUCGGAGGUAACACUAACACCAAUACCACAUCUGGAGGACUCUUUGGAAAUAAUAAUAAUACAACCAACAACGCUACUGGUUCAACUACUGGUGGACUCUUUGGAGGCAACACUAACAAUAACAAUGCCGCUUCAUCUACAGGAGGUGGCCUCUUUGGAAAUAAUUCAGCCACUAAUAAUACCAAUACUACAGCCACAGGAGGAUCUCUUUUUGGGAACACUGGUAAUACUGGUAAUACUACUACUGGAGGUCUCUUCGGCGGAGGUGCUCAACAAAAUAAUACUAAUAAUAAUACUACCACUGGUGCCACUGGUGGACUCUUUGGGAGUAAGCCUGCCGCCACUACUGGUGGACUCUUUGGAAGUAAUACUACCCAAAACAAUUCUGCACCAGGUGCAACUGGAGGACUUUUCGGUAAGCCUGCUGGUGCUACUACCACUGGGGGUGGGCUCUUUGGAGGCGCUUCCAGCAAUACUGGUGGUGGUGGACUUUUCGGUGGUAACACUGCGUCUGGUACUACUGGUGCCACUUCUGGAGGUCUCUUUGGAUCCAAGCCAGCUACUGGUGGUCUUUUUGGAGGAGGCGCCACUACCAAUAGCAACACCAACUCUGGGGGUCUCUUUGGUGGGAACAAUUCCAACACUGGGGGCCUCUUUGGUGGUCAACAACAACAGCAACAGCAGCAGCAACAACAACAAUUCGGAUCCAACCAAUCACUGCUUGCUCAGCUCCCACAACUUACGGCAAUGACCAGGGUGGGAGAUCUCCCACCACAAAUAAAGCAACAGAUUGAAGAUUUCGAUCGUUAUAUCAACACACAACAUGCCAUUGCCACUCAACUUCAAGAGGAUGUGUUGAAACAUGACAAACUCAUUAAGUCCAUACCCAACGAUACUAGCUACUUACGUACCAAGAUAUCCUCCACCAAACAGGCACUCAAUGGAGACAGUGCACAAUUAGCAUACUUGAAGGAAAUCAAUGGUGAAUUGACAGAUGAUUUGAAUAAGAUUAUGCAUUUAAUCAUACAAUUAUCUACCCCAGGUACCAAACUCUCAUCAUCCAUGCAAUUGAAUGAAUUCUUUGUUAAGAAAAUUCAUAAAUAUCAUGAAGUUUUAAGUAACUACGAAAGUGUUGCCACAGAAGCUGAACAAACUGUAAUGAGUUUGGAAAGACUGUGUGUCGAUGGAUUUGGAGGACUUUUCAGUAUUAUUGAAGUAAUCCGGUCACAAUAUGGUUUAUUUAUGGAGUUAUGUGAUGUGAUGGCUAGACUUCAUAGUGAUGUUGAGAGGAUAUAA